UUUUUUUUGUCUUUUUCAUUUUUAUCGGUACCGGGGAUCGAACUCACGACCGCCUGCUUGCAAGGCAGGUGCUUAUGCCGCUGAGCUAAACCCCCAGCCCCUUCAUGCUCUUACCGCACAGGCCAAACCUGUCCCCAGGAACGGCCCCGAGGUCGCCAGCUGCGGGGUUAGGUGCCCGCGGGUUUAGGGAGCGGGCUGAGAGACCUCGCCUGCUGCAAAGAAGUCUGGCCUGGCCUGGGACGCGCGCCGCGGUGCCCGCUGCCGCUGCUCAGCGUGGCCGGCAGGUGGCGCCCGAGCUCCGGCCAAACUGCUGGCCACAGGCUGCAGCCGUGCAGACCCUAAUAGAUCCUGCGGUUGGUCUGGAAUGGAAGAGACUGAAUCCCUCAGCAUGAAGCCUCCAGAGUAGCAGAGGGAUGAAGCCCUUCCGGUUGAGUGUGGUGGUGCACAUCUGUGACCCCACACUCUGGGAGGCUGAGGGGAUCACGAAUACCCACGCUGGCCACGAAAUAACGUCUGCUUUUCUGAGACAGUGUGAGAGAGGGGCGAACCCCCUUGCCCUCUUUUCUUCUGGAGCUCCUGUGGGUUACCACAGCUAGAAGUGGAAAGCAAAGGGGUAUCUUGGUGGAUUUUUCGGGUCAGCUACCUGCCAAGAAGAAUCUGGAGGGACAAAGAAAUGACAAAACUGGAAGCACAGUGUGAACUCAGCACUGUUGCACGUGUCCUAGGGAGUCAGCAGGCCGAAGACUGAAGUCUGGAUUUAAGCCCUGCAUCUACCUGGGCACAGGAUGGUGGCAGCCGCAGUUAGAAUGCUUCUCUGCUGAGAAGAAACGUAUCACUGGUCCAGGGACAGCGAGGGGCCAGGAGCGGGGCUCACUGACUGUGCAGUGUCAAUAUAGCUCACAGUGGAAGAGCUAUCGGAAGUGGUGGUGUCGAGGGGCUGACUGGAGUACCUGCAAGAUGCUGAUUGAAACCGAUGGGUCAGAAAGGCUGGUGAAGGAGGAGCGUUUGUCCAUCAGGGACUACCAGAAGGACCUCAUGUUCAAUGUAACCUUGGGGGAUCUCAGAAGAGAUGAUGCUGACAGUUACUGGUGUGGGAUUGAAAAAUUUGGGAUUGACCUUGGGGACAAAGUUAAGGUGACCAUUGUUCCAGCACCACCUGCAGUGCCGACCGCACUCUCCACCACCUCUGUCUCCACCACGAACACAUUUACAGUACCAGUCACCGUGGAAGAGACCAUAAGCGUGCUGACUUCAACCAACGAUCACUUCAGUGAUGGGUACAGCGUCACGAACCUCAGCAUCCUCCUCCCGCUUGUGUGUGCGGUGCUGUUUCUUCUCCUGGUGGCUGCCACACUCCUGGCUUGGAGGAUGAUGAAGCAACAGAAGAAAGACAGAGCGCUGGCAGCUCAGAUUGGUGAUGUGAGCACUGGUGCGUUGUCCUCUGAGCAGCCCAAGGAAGAUGACCUCUGCUAUGCAAAUCUGUCUCUGCAUCAGUCUGGAACCUCUCCUGGCUCCUUCUGGCCAAAGGCCUUCAACAAGUCUUCCUCUGCCCAGGCCAACGAAGAGGAAGUAGAAUAUGUCACGAUGGCUCCUGUUAAGAGAGAGGAAAUUUCCUAUGCAUCUCUGUGCUUGGAUGCCUUGAAUCAGGAGCCAACUUACAGCAACACUGGCCACACUCGCAGCAGGGGCCGUGAGGGUGCCACAGAAUACACCAGCAUCAGAAAGCCUUAGCCUGCGCUCUGUCUUUCUCUGGGAUCUUGCACAAGGCCCCGAGGCAUGGUGACACUUGUCUGCUUUCUGCUUCUAUCCCCCACCAGGACCAAAUGGUGACUGAAGCUUUGCCUGAUUAGCCGGUGUGGUGCCCAACUCUGGCCUGUGCUUGGGAACCAGUCUCAGGGUACUUUGAAGAAUUAGGGUCCUUUAUAUAACCCCUCAGCCCCACCUAACUGGGAGGGGCCUGAAGAUAUGGUCUGGGGCUGUACUUGAAUAAUAACGACAAUGAUGACAGUCAUAGUGAUUAUUUAUUGCUUACCAUGUGCAGUGGACUGGAGGAUAACCGCAGGGUGCCUACAUAUGAUUAAGUUAUAGAUUUUGAGAGGUGGAACUUGUCCUGCAUUAUCCAGGUGGGCCUAAAAUAUAAUCAUAGGGCUCCUUCAAGAAGGAGGCAAGAAAAUCAAAAGGGGAGAAGCUGAUGUGAUGCCGGAAGUGGAGGCUGGAGUGAUGUGGCCAGGAGGAAAGGACGGCUGCAGCCUCCAGACUGGGAAGGCCAGGACUGAUUGUCCCCUGGAGCCUUGAAGAAGAACCACCCUUGCCAACACCUUGGCUUGGGCUCAGUGGAACUGACUUUGUCACUGUGGCCUCCAGAAGUAUAGGAGAAUAAAUUUAUAUUGUCAUUAAUUAAAUCACUAAAUUCGCAGCAAUUUAUUAAAGCAGCAAACUCUGAGGCUGGUGCUCAUCUCUAAAGGCUUCACACUGAAUAAUCCAUUUCAUUUUACAGAGGAGCUUCUUUAAUUGGUCCGUUUUACAGAUAAGGAACCGAGAUUUGGAGAGACCCUGUGAUGUGCAUCAAGUUUAAUGGCUAGUGAGAAGAUCAAUGGGAACCCAGGUAUUUCACUCCAGAGUCUGGAGCCUGGGCCACUACCCUAUCCUGUUUAUAUGAGUAAUGUAUAUUUGCUCCCAAAGCUACUCAGGCAGGAACAGUGAAUAUUUAGAUGCUGGACUUUUAUUCUAGGGUCCUUGCAGUCUUCUUGAAUCCCUGGGUGUCUCUUUGUCUUCAUGGUUACCAAUCUGGUCCAAGCAAUCAUUCCUUCCCAAUUCUCCCUCUUUCCUUCACCCUCUGCUUCUGAAUCCAUUUUCUUCUCAGCAGCCAGAGCUGAUCACCUCCUGUUUAUGAACUUGCAGUGGUUUCUUCCUCAGCCUUCAGGGACCCAGGGAAUCCAGGGACCGCCACCUGUCACUUGGGGUCAUCUCCACCCACUCUACCUCUCCCUCACUCUGGUCCAGCCACACCACCUUUCCUCUGUCCUUGUGACAAGAUUUCAUGGUUUGCGUCUGGAAUGUCUCCUGAAGGCCGCAUGCUGAAUGCUCAUUCCCCAGCCCAUGGUGCUGUUGGCAGGAAAUGCAGCCAGCAGGAAAUGGAGCCUCGUGGAGGAAGUAAGGUCACCAAGGGAGUGGCACUGAGGGCUCUAGGGACCUUGGCCUCUCUCUUUUUCUUCCUGCUUCCUUGUCAUCAUGGGAUGAGCGGCUUUCCUCUACCACAUGCUCCCUCCUGCAGGCCCAAAGUAGCUAUGGAUGGAAAUUUCCAAAACCAUGAACCAAAACAAACCUUUUUCUCCUUAUGAAUCGAUUAUCUCAGGUCAUUUGUUGCAGGGAUGGAAAGCUGAGUAACAUAUAAGAGCAGGCUGGCUCCUUCUCAGGAUGUUGGUACUUGCUGUCUCUUCUUUCUGCCAUGUUCUGCCUAAGGUAUACAGUGGGCAAAUGUUCUGCCCAAGGUCACACAGUGGGCAUAACUGGCUCUGCCUCUUUCUAUCACUCUUGUGAAUAGUUAGUUUCUUUUUGUCAUCACAAUUCAGCUCGAAUGUUACCUCUCAGAGGGGACUUCCUGACCAGCCCGAGAGCAAAGGCCCAUGCUGCCCACCUGUCCCUCUCAUUGCCCUAUCUUAUUUCCUUUGCAGUAUGUGAUCUGUUGUGAAAUUACUAAUUUAUUGAUAUGUGAGUUUGUUGUUUCUCUGUUCCCACUAGGUGGUAUUGUCCCUGAAGGGGACAACUGUCUCACUUUUUCCUGUAUCUCCCUUGCCUGGUAGUAUCUACCAUGUGGCAGAUUCCUACGUGUUUUUUGGUUGACUGAGUGAAUAAAUAACACAGAUAGUUUAGACUUGGUUACACAGCACGAGCUCCUGAGAGCUCUUGGGAGUAGCACUUAUCCUUCCAGGAGAGGAGUCCUGACCAAGCAACCUAAGGCGGCUGGGGUUGGUUUUCCUGUAGCAUGCAAUGGAGAGAUUUCUGUCCUCUGUUGAAAGUCAAGGAGCCAGUGUGAUCUGUGACGCUUUCUGCCUGGAGACAAAGCCUAUUGCUUUACCUGGGUCAGUUUUGGUGGAGGCUGAUGGUGAAGUGUCAGAGAAAGGUUUGCUGGCUUUCACGGGAAAGAAAGAAAAGCUGGGUCUGAGGACCUCAGGCCCCAACAGGUACAGGGACCACAGAAGUGUCUAUGGGACAUUAUCAGGCUGUCCUGGGGUUUGCCUGAUGGCUCCUAGCUCUGUGCAGCCCACAGGACCUGGGACAGAUAGCCUUAGUGGAUGGCUUCUGUGUCCAUUGCUCCAAAGAGGAUUCCCUUUCAUCUUUUUAUUGUCUGAAAUACUGGGGACUAAACCUAGGGGCUUUCACUGAGCUACAUCCUCAGCCCAUUUUUGUAUUUUUAAUUUUGAGGAGUUUUGCUAAGUCACCAAGGUUGCUCAGGAUAGGCUUGUACUUGUGAUCUUCUGGCCCCAGCAGCCCCCAGGGUGCUAGAAUUACAGGCAUGCACCACCUGUCCAGUCUGCCUCCUUGGUAUUUUAAGAGAUUUUUCUUUUUGGGGGAAUUUGAAAACCCCUAGAUGAUUUUUUUUUUUUUUUUUUGGAAUCUGGGAAUCGAACUCACGACCUUGUGCUUACCAGUCAGGCACUUAUACCACUGAGCUAAACCCUCAGCCAGGAUGAUUUUUUUUUUGAAGCAGGGUUUUGCUAUGUAGUUCAGCAGACCUUGAACUUACUUAGUAGCCUAACUUGGCCUCAAACUCACAGCAGUCUUCCUGUCUCAGCCUCCUGAGUGCUGGGAUUACAGGUUGGCUGGCUUGACCCCUAGACUCUUAAACAGUCUUGAGCUAGUCUUUUAAGUUGGUCAAGUCAAACAGGCUGUUUUUGACCUAAUCUGUUUGAAGAUUUUGGAAGUUUCUGGCAACUGGGCUGAGCAGGUAAAUCAGCUUAGAAAGCCUGAUCUCACUCUGAUCACUAUUAAUUACCACUCUGAUUACCAUUAAUUGCCAAAACAAGCUUUGAAAAGGUGUCUCUACAGAUAUAUUGCUGGAUAUGUUUUACUCCAAAAUCCCAACCACCUGGACUGGUGCUGUCUGCUGAGGGCAUCUCCUACUUUUCUUUCUUUAUAAAGUUAUAGUUGACAAGUUCCUGACAUUUUCGGACUGAUGCAGUGAGUUCCCUAGCAGACAGAGCAGAUUUCUGACCAUGAUCCUGAUGGAAAUGUCUGGCUGGGCUCUUUCUAUGCUGGGUUGCAAUGGCAGGAGUCAGCUUCUGAUCUAAUCCAAUUUGUUCACGCUUGAACUAGAGAUUGGAGAGUGCUGGGGAUGUUGCCAGACUGGGAGAAAGGAGACAGACACAUGCAAGAAAACGACAAGGAAAUGGUUUCACAAUGCUGGCAGACUUGUGUCUGGAUAUUGUCUCAGUCAUAUUUUGCUGCUUCAUAAAGACUUUGCUAACUCAGAUUUUGGGUGAUUGGCCAGCACCUUUAUUGCAAGACAGAGAAUUCAGACCUGGCUCCUCUGGUCUGAGUGUGGGUAACAUUUAUUGUCUUGCUGUGUGGUUUCCUGGAAAGCACAUUCUAUUAAAACAAACUACAGGAUGCUGGAGUUCUCCAUUCUGACUGUCUUAUUUAUAGACAUCUAAAGUUGCUGGGGUUUCCCUUCUUUGGUUUUUGAAUUAUUAAUAAAGAUUCUACUUCAUAAAAAUUGGAAGAUCUGGACUGUUGUCUUUGGAGAACUAUGAGCGUAUCAUCCGCUUCUGGAAGACAGACUUGAUUUGUGUGUGUGUCAGUUGAAGGAGUAAAAAUAUACGCCAGGUAAGUACUGGAUUGGUAGCUGUUAAAAUAUAUGAUUAAGGUCGAUGUUGGACUGAGUGUAGCUAAAGGUUAUCUUUGCUUGAUACUUAGCCUUAGAAAGGGGACACGUAGCCUGGGAAGGCCAGACUGCUAGAGUCAGUUGAUUUCAUGUGCAAUCAUUUUUUAGAUUAGGAGACAGAUAGAGCGUUGACUUUUUAUUUUACCAAAUAGGUGCUUUCUUGCCUCCUUCCUUCCUCCCCCUUUUCCUUCCUUCUUCCCUCUCUCUCUCCUCCUCUCCCUUCUUCCUCUCUCUCUUCUUUAGUUUUCCUCUUUUCUUUUCUUCUUUUUUUAGUCACAGUGAGGAUUUAACCUGGUGCGGGAGGUUUUGCACUGAGCUACAUUCCCAAUGCUUUUUACUUUUUUCAUUUUGAGACAGGGUCUCAUUAAGUUGCUAAACUUCCCAGGUUGGGGUUGAAUUUGUCGUCCUCCUGCCACAUCCUCCCAGAAGGCUGGGAUUAUGGGUGUGCAUCACUGUGCCUGGCUCCAGGAGGGACUGUCUUAUCCAGUGUAACUGGAUCAGUUAAUUAUAAGUGGGUCACUUCAUUGAAAACUGGGGAAUCAUAAAAAAGAUACUAGUAUAUCUUUUCUUCAAGUAUUUCCUCCAAAUGAGUAAUCUGCUAAUUUUGUGAUGUUGAUCUAGCAAUUUUUCUUCUGACUGUAAUGAAAGUUGGGGACAUUUGUUUUUCUUACAUGAACAACCCACACUGUAUUGUCCUCAAUACAGUUCUAGUUUCUUUUCUAGUUUCUCAAUAUUGUUCUAGUUUCUUUGAAAUGAAGCAAUACAUCCUAGUAACUUAUGAAACAACCUGAUUGCAAAAGCUUAAUUUAUUUUUAUAUUUUUCCUCCCAAUAUUUUACAGUUCUCUCAUCUAUUCCUAAUCUGACAGCAUUUUUCAGAAUAAUAGAUUGUGUGUGUGUGUGUGUGUGUGUCUUUUUGAGACAGGGUCUUGCUACACAGUUCAAGCUGGCCUUGGGCUCACUUUGUAGCCUAGGCUGGUCUCAAAUUUGCAGCGAUCCUCCUGCCUCAGCCUCCUGAGUACAGGCAUGUGCCACCACACCAGGCUUAAAAUGAUAGGUUUUAAGGUAGAAUCUUUUUUCUUUCUUUCUUUCUUUUUGGAGGCAAGGUUUCACUAUGUAGUGCAGGCUGACCUUGAACUUGCUCAUGUAGCCCAGUCUGGCCUCAAACUCAUGGUGGUCUUCCUGUCUCAGCCUCCAGAGUGCUGGGAUUACAGUGUAUGCCACCAUGCCUGACAAGCAGAAUCUUUUCAAAGGAAUUUAGUGUUUGUAGAGAUUACAGUCACCUUUUUGUUUACAUUUUUAUUUCAUUGAUUACUAUUCUUUUUGGUUACAUUCUAUAUUAGUGUGUGGGUGGGAAUCAGUUAUAUCACAGUCAUUAACAUGGAUGGCUUAGCGUGAGCAAAUCUGGGCCUAAACAGUAGACUCUUGCUAACUGUGCAUCUUAAUGAGAGAGCACAGAUAUGAGUGGCUUCUCAGGAAAGAAUCUCCCUGUGGCAAUGGUGCCAUGUGCCACAUACACAAAGCUGGAAUCUUUCACAGGAGACUGAAGGUGAUGGCUGGGCGAGUGGGGGCUUAGCUGAGAAAGUUUCUUCUGAGCUGUCUAUUAUCACCCCGACUUCAUACAAGAAAGGACGCUUGAACAGCCUGAGAAGAACAGUGGGCCUGAGCAAGGACUCUGGGUAACAUUUUGCUGACCUCUAUUUCUGUUGUGCAUUGUAUCGGCCCUCUAUGUAUCAGCUGCUUAUGGUCCUCACACAUGCACCAAGCCACAAAGGCAGAAAAACCAACUCCAGAGACUUUCUGUCCCUGCUCUCUGGCUGUGGCAAGUUAAAGGGGGAGUAGUGGAGAGGUAGGGAAAGUGUUUCAUUCUAAGAUGCAGGAAGGCGUAACAGCAGAUGAGAGUCAGGGUAAAGAGGAGAGAUUCCACCCAGCAAUGGUGCUGGUGUCUGUAAACUUUGGUUCGCUUUCCUGGGCGUAUUACCCAUGCUGCAGCUGGUUUUGGGGGAGGUGAAUCCUCAGAGGACAGUUGCUGGUGACUCAUUAAACUCAGACUUGUUGAGCCGCUCUGGAUGGAGAGUCCUCGGCCUGCUUUGUGACCGAGUGUCUCUUACUGGCUUCAGUGCUGCCUUGGUGUUUGUCCUGGGCUAGGCUGAAACUGCUCCUGGGGUUUCACUAGAAUUUUGAGGGGUCUGUACGAGCAAGGGUUUGGGGGAGCUUCCAGGCCCCUAAGCACCCUGAGGUCUAGGGAGGGUUGUGGCAGUGUGACAGUGGGAAAGAUUUGGAGCUGGAGUUGGGUCAGAGCCUUAGCUUGGGAUUCUGUCUUUGUUACUUCCUGAGUGCCUUUGGGAAAUCACCAAAUGUCUCUCAAGCCUGUUUGCUCCUCUGCAAAAUGGGGCUCAGGAGUUCUCCCUUAUCCAUGGUGGGUGUGUUCCCAGACUCCCAGUGUGUGCCUGAAACCAUGGGUAGGACUAAGCCCUAUAUGUACUAUGGUUUUUCACACACAUAUGUGCAUGCAUACAUACCUAUGUACUUUCAAUCAAACAACAGUAUAAUAAGAGAUUAACAGCAAUGACUUGUAAUGACAUAGAACAAUUCUUAUAUUAUACUUUAAUAAAAAUCAUGUGAACGCAGCCUCUGCAUCUCAAAACGUCUUAUUUCCUUAUUAUACUACAGUAAUACUUUCAGACCAAAUUGACUACAGAUAAAUCAGAUAAAAUGAAGCCAUGGUUAAGUAGGGGGUGAAAGUGUCAUCGAUUCCAGAGGGCUAUGGUUUCCAAGCAACUUUCUGCCACUGGUCCCUCUCAAAGUGAGUCCCAGCUGUCCCCAGGAAGCCCACCUAAGGGAGAUCUCUCAGGUGCUCCCUCACACAUUCCUGGGUGGGCCCUUUUCAAAAAUAAAAAAUAAAGUGCUUUUGAUACAUGGUCUCACUACAUAGGCUGGCCUUAAAUUCACUAUGUAGCCCUAGCUGGCCUUGAGCUUGUGAUCUUCCUGCCUCAGUUUCCUUUUGUUAAAAGAUGAAAUGUAGCAUUUAGUAAAUAUGCAUGUUAUAUAUGUGAAUAAUUUUUUUGUUGCUAUUCUAUUCUUUUUACCCUUUAUUUAAGUUUUAAAAUUUCAGAAUAAACAAUGAACUUUCACACAUGUGUUUAAUGGAAUACUAUGUAAGUCAUUCAAAGAAGGAAGAAAAUAUGCAUGAUAAAUGCUUGUGAUGGAUCUAUGUAUAAUGAAACAGUACUGAGAUGAGAUGAAAUCAUGGGUAACUCUUUUCUUUCUUUUGUAUCUUCCAAAUGUUCUAAUUAAACAUAUAUUAACAGUA